AUGCUCAACGAUAAAAUAUCUCGAGACAUCCUAUGGGUAGUAUUUGACUUCUAUGCCGAGACAGAUGGACGCCAAGAUCCUCUCGAAAAGCUACUUGGCGUCUGCAAGUACUGGUCUCUCGCAGCCCGUCAACAUAGGCGACUAUGGACCAAGUUCCCGAUGAAGUUUUUAUCAAAUAAAGAUAUAAAAUUUUGGUGCUCAUGUACAUCAAAACGUAUCGAGCUUUGUGGGGAAGAUGGGCCCGGUGAGCUGGAGUUUUCCGCUAUUGUCUUCUCAGACCCACAAGGAUUCGAUACAACCCAGCCUGUGUGGAUUAGGGCACUAUCUCGCCCAACUCCUAACCUAAAAUCCCUCAAGAUUCAUGGUGCGGGAGCUACGGAACCAAUUCUGCCCUUCGCGCCAUCCCUCGAAGAACUGACCUUAUCGAACUGCGAUUGCCAAGUUGAACAU